AUGUCGGGCAACCUGGACAUCCAUGUGCAAAAGAAUGAAGUUGAACCUCUGCUGUUCCUGACUGGCCUCCUGCUCAUCAUCGGCCCGAGGAAGAUGUUUUCCUUCUUCUUCCAGAGGCAUAAGCUCAAAGGGACCAGCUUCUUCCUGGGGGGUGUGGCCAUUGUGCUGCUGCGCUGGCCCCUCCUGGGCAUGCUCCUGGAAGCCUAUGGAUUCCUUAGCCUCUUCAAGGGAUUUUUCCCUGUCGUCUUUGGCUUCCUAAGCAAUGCCUCUGACAUCCCCUUCCUGAGCACGCUGUUCCGGAGGCUUCAAGGCACCAGCUCAAUGGUCUGAACAGCAGAGACGAGCUCCUUGAACUUGGAUCAUUGGUUGAGGGGCUUGGAAAGGAAAUGGGGGCGCCCCCACUCUGCAGUGACUCAUCUCCCCAUCAUCCCCAGCCCUCGCCAAGUCCAGAAGGAAGAACAGAGUUGAAUGACUGACCUCAAAUUCCAAGCCAACUCAAAGGCUGUUGCCGUGGGGAAGGGCACAGAUCUGGGGCCCCACCACAACCGGACCGGGGCUGGUAUCACAUCCUGCCUUGUAUUUAUGGGAGGAAAGCAAAGAUUAAAUCCCCAAGCUGUGA